GAAAGUAGCCAAGAAGGGAUUGAAGUGAUUAUGGACAUCUGUCCUGGGUGGCGAGGCGUAUGAUGGAGAUGGGACUGCCAGGAAGAAGUGGAAGAGGAAGGCCCAAGACCAGGUGCUCAGCGAUGGACAACUCGAUAACCUUGUGGCAGUUUCUGCGGCAGCUCUUGGACGAGAACAAAAGCGACCUCAUUUGCUGGACUUCGAAAGACGGAGAGUUCAAACUACGUAAUGCAGAGGAGGUGGCGCGGCUGUGGGGCAUGCGCAAGAAUAAAACCAACAUGAACUACGAUAAGCUGAGCCGGGCGCUAAGAUAUUACUACGACAAGAACAUCAUCAAGAAAGUGAACGGGCAGAAGUUUGUUUAUAAGUUUGUGUCCAUGCCGGACAGCCAAGCGAUGGAGUCGGAGAAGUACGAAGCUGCAGAAGGCGAGUGGGCGAUGAGCAGGCCGAAGGAUGAAGGCCUCUCUCUGCAGAGACAGCUGAAGCCCACCACCAGGAUCUCGUCCCGGAACGAGUACAUGCGCUCCGGCCUGUACUCGACCUUCACCAUCCAGUCGCUGCAGAGCAGCAACCAUCGGCCCCGGGGGGCCAGCGACUCUCCCCCGCGCGCCGUGGAGGUGCCAUGCCUGGAGGGGAAAGCCCGGGGGCUGGAGAGGCUUCCCGAGGAGCCUGAGGUUAAACGCCGGGAGGAGGAGGAGGAGGAGCAAGUCGGUGGUGAUGUUCCCAUGGAAACGUGCGGCGGGACCCUCCACCAGGGAGACUUCAAGGUGAAGAUGAAGGCCGUUGAAGAGUUUGAAUGCGUCAUCCUCGAUGCCAAACCUGCCGAUGAUGAUUCACCUCAGGCGCCGAGUCCCAGUCAGGAGAGAUUAGAAAACAAUAGCAGCCUUCAACCACUGAAACCCAAGAAGCCAAAGGACCUGGAGCUGCCGGCCACACUACUGAUUGCCCGAAAUAGUCCCCCUCCAGAUAAAAGUAACCCUGGCGUUCUGAACACGGUGGUUUUUCCUGCCUCCAGUGCUGUCACCCCUACACUGAUUACCCAGCACGUUCAGACUCCAAUUAUACUGACACCAAAUACUUUGCCGUCUGCCAUUCACUUCUGGAGCACACUUAGCCCGAUAGCCCCAAUGAGCCCUGCCAAACUCUCGUUCCAGUUUCCUUCAGUGGGGAACACACAGAUCCACAUCCCUGUUGCUUCCAUGGAUGGAUUAUCAACACCGGUGCUUUCAUCAAUGGCACUGCAGAAACCAUGAAUCCAGCUCUGGGACGCCGACGAGAUACUUACAGCCGUAAACCGCAGGCCAGACUGGACGCAUUCGAAUCAAAUCGGUCCUGGAGGGGUGAUGGAGCGGUGGGGAUGGAUUGAACGGACUCGACCUUCCAGACCCCAGUUCCUUUCCAGCACAAAUCUCUUCUCUCAGGAACCGACCUUUCGAGAGCUGUGACCCGUCUGUCAUCAAGAGAUGCUGUCAGUGCAAGGCGAGCUGGCCGGGGUUUGGGGUACAUGCUGGGCAGCUAAUCCUCUAUUAGUCUUGCAACGGACCUAAAGCCCUGUGCCGCAUGUCUAAUUCGUUCAUGCCCCACCCCCACCCCCUCCACUAAUAUUAGUACUACUGUUAUGCCAAUGAUCGUGCGCUGCCAAAGCGCUUUACAGAGUGAGCGUGAUAUUUGAUUCUCAGCUGGCACAAAUGUCCCUGUGUCUGUCCCUGUGUCGGACCCUGUACAAAAUGCACUCUAAAUUGGGCAACUCUACGCUACCGUAAUGUUGGAGCUGGCACUUUAAGGUGAAUGGCUGAUGGACGGGGGGAGGGGAGGGGGGGGUUGAAUUCAAGCUCCCGACAUCUCCGACGACCACAAGGAGUAUGCAGCUCCCACCUUGUAUGUGCGCCGUGCACAUGUACAUACGACCUGUGUGACGCAUAUGUGUGUGGAUAGAGGCCUCUCUGGGAGCUCUUACACAGUUGUCCCAGGGUGGUGUAUGCACAUCCUCUGAUAACAUCCAUUCCAAAAGAUUCUGCACCACUCGGGGAGGGAACGCCAAUCUAGAAAAUCAGACAUGAACUCAAAAGGGAGGUGGGGGGGUGGGGUGCAAUAAAAUAAAAACAUUUCUUUACCCAUACCGAGGUUAGAAUGUUGAAUUAGCUGUCAGACUGUGCUUGAUGCAGGGUGAAACUUAGUGAAAAAGUGAAUCGGGAAGAUGCUUGUAAAGAAGAAAUAUUGAUGUCGUGACAGGUGAGCAGGACAGUGAGACUAGACCAGUUGGAGGAAGGAGACCGGUGUAGACUUAAGGUAAAAGCAAGAUACUGCAGGUGCUGGAAAUCGGAAACAAA